AUGGCAGAAAAUAAUAAUGCAUUGAUUGCUAUUGCAAUUCUAAUGUUAGAUUCGUCUAGUGAUGAUUCAUCGAGCACUGACAGUGAUGAAGAAUUAAUAAACGCAGUUCAAAUCAUUCGGGACAAAAGGCCUAGAAUACAAAAUUAUAUAGAAGUUAUUACUUUAUAUGAUGAUAAGGAAUUUAAAUCACAUUUUCGAUCUGUAUGUACAAAAUUUGAUGUUGGAAGGGCAACUGCUUGGCGAUGCGUUCUAAGGGUAACAAAAGCAUUAUAUAUGUUAAGAAAUACAUUUAUAGUUUGGCCUACGAGGCAACAAGCUGAAGUGACUUCGACUAAAAUAGAAGAAAGAAGUGGAUUUCCUAAUGUCAUCGGUGCAGUUGAUGGUACUCUUAUUAAAAUAAGUGCACCUAAAAGAAAUCCAGAAGCAUACAUAUGCAGAAAAAACUAUUGCGCAAUUCAAUUACAGGUUGUAUGUGAUGCAGAUUUAAGGUUUAUACACUGUUAUGCAGGACAACCAGGCUCAGUCCAUGACAUGCGGACAUUUAUGUAUUCCGGAUUACAGCAAAAAUGUAAUCCGCAAUUCUUCUAUGGAGACAACCACUUACUUGGUGAUGCAGCAUACACAAUCCAGCGACACGUGAUGGUCCCUUAUAGGAAUAACGGUCAUUUGACAGAAGCUAGUAGAUAG